UAGUAUUGUAAAAGUUGUUCCUUGUAGUGAAUAUAUAUAAAGUGCUUUAUAUGCAGAGAUUAUUAAAUCCAUCGCGCAAGUUCAUCAUGUUGACAGAUCGCUGGCUAUCAUUGAAGAUGAGAGUCUGCAAUACCUUUCGAGCGGUUGCACUAACAUCAAUCAACUUUAAUUAGUGGCCAGAAGCUUUUAAUUAAUUAUUUUUUUACGAAAUAUGGUAAGCUCGAGUACGAAAACAGUUUUUUCUGAAUUCAUAAAAUUUCACACUGCGCUUUUCAAAGAGAUUUGACUGGAAUCUAAUUGAUGAGGGAUAUCAAUAAUUAGCACGACUGAGAAUGUGUCAUCAUAUUAUUUUAUGAAGAAAAAUAUGGAUAAAAAUAAGAAAAAGAAUAGUAUUAACGGAAAAUAUAAGAAAAAUGGCAAGAUAGAUAACUAUGAUGAUGUCAUUACAACUUGCUGUCUUUGCAUUCAAACAAAAAAGAGCAAAAAGAAAAGUUUAAUCGCUGGAUGCAUUACAAAUUUUGGUAUUUUGGCAAUUUUACUAGUAUACACCCUAUUAGGCGCAUUUAUUUUCCUUGCGAUAGAAGGUGGUGCUGCAAAAGUGCAUCAGAAAACGCUAGCAACAACAUCAUAUCAGGCAAAUGAAAAUAGAAAUACAAUUCCAUUACCAAAAGUCAACAGCAGCAUCGCACAAGUCAGCGCUGAGUUACGUACUCAAACAGUCGAAAGCAUAUGGGAAAUAACGGUUUCUUUAAAUAUUUUGUAUAAAGAAAAUUGGACGAGACUAGCUGCUCAGGAAAUUGCUAGAUUUCAAGAAAAAUUAGUAGCACGAGUUGCCGCGGAUGUAUCAGAACAAUAUGGGGACGCGAGAGCGUUGGAAUCGGCUCCAGCACUGGUCACGGAUGACUACGAAUGGAAUUUUGCUAAAGCCUUUCUCUAUUCAUUAACCAUUUUAACAACAAUAGGUUAUGGUAGCGUCGCACCCAAAACUGCGCUUGGAAAAGCUGUCACGAUUGGAUAUGCCGUUAUAGGUAUUCCUCUUACGCUAUUGUAUUUGUCUGUUGUGGGAGCGCUGCUAUCAAGACUUGCUCGUAGUAUCUUCAGUCGAGCAUUAUGCUGCUGCUUAUGUUCAAAAUGUGGAUACUGCUGCCUCGAUGAAAGAACAAUGACUACGAAGGAACGAAAAGAAAAAUUAAGACGUCAAGAUGAUUUCAGAUCUCAGACAUUGCAUUUACAAGAGCCUUAUUAUGUUCGAUCACCUUCUGGAACAAUUAUUUCUGCGUCACAAGCUAACAGUCUUAGCACAAAUUCCAUAAAAGAUAAGGCCCAAGGGCUACACUUUCUUCGUGACUGUGAUUCGAUGAGUUGUGAUACAGAUUCAAAAAUAUCUUUGCGUGGAUUUUCAAUACUGGCACCUAUUUCCUUAUGUCUAGCGGCAAUUUUCACCUAUAUUUUCUUUGGAGCUCUCAUCUUAUACCAGCUAGAAGGUUGGAGUGUUAUAGACGGAGUUUAUUUUUGCUUCAUGAGUCUAAGUACUAUUGGAUUUGGACAUUUGGCACCAGGAUUAACUCAGAAAAAUGGUGCUUCCUCGGGUACUAUUUGGUUUUGUUCGAUCUAUAUUAUGACUGGAUUGGCAUUAACAGCUAUGUGUUUCAACGUUCUUCACGACGAAAUCGUACAUCGAUUGAGGCACCACGAAAGGUUUCUCAAAGCUAAUAAUAAUCCGAAGACUUCGACUCCUGAGUUUCUGCAAAGGUCUUGA